CUCUAUACGCGGUCGCCUUAAAUCUAUUCAGUUCUGCAGGUUUUGAAUUAUGAUGUCUAGUCAGGGUAUUCUCGUUGGCUAACCCGAUUUGUUAUAGUCUUUACUAACAAAUCCGUUUGCUCAUUGAAUUCAUCUGUCGAAUUUACAUACCGAAUACCCUGUUCUGUUCCAAUAUCGUAUUUUGAUUUGCCAUGUUAUUCGCCCCACUUGGUUUCUUAAUAUUCUUUAAUUGCAUUAUCCUGGUUCAUUCUCUAUAUUCAGUAGCAUUUGAAUGUGGCAAACCAGCCAUUUAUUUAAACAAUGAGUUUUGGGUGACGGACCUCACUCAGGAUUGUCUCGAAGACGAAUUAUCAAUUUUAAAUUAUUGUAGGAAAGUAUACAGUGGGAGGAAUAUAACCACUGUUGUCUCCGCUCCUCCUAUUUCUGUAGUACUAUCUGAUUGGUGUGAAUUUGCACAUAAACAGCUUGGAAAGUGUCAAAAUUUCAGUAAUAAACAGCAUGAGAUUAAACCAUUUAUAUGCUUAGAUACCAUCCCGAUGUCCACACUGUUUAUUCCUGUUGGUUGUCAGUUAAGCAGCCUUGAUAGUGAUCGAAGCUACGUCUGUGAAAACUAUAAGUUUUGGGAGAGUUCUACCCAAGAAGCUUGUUUUAGACGUAACAUGAAAUUUCAGAGUUAUCUGCCAAUCAAACCCUGUGUCAAAGAAAAGGACUUCAGUUCUAUAUAUUUCGCGGCUGCUAAAGUAGUUUGCUGUGAGAUUCAUGAUUCCCAGUUCAAAAAUUCUACUGUCUCUAUCAAACCACUCACCAAUCCAGAUGACAAGACCGAUCCAGUCUCAGAUAAACUCAUUAGCGUGAGUAGUAAAUUAACUACCACUGAAAGUGAUGUUCGGGAUAGUCAUAAAGUUGUCAUUGACUAUUUGUCACCCAUGAAUCCAAAUCCUUCUGGUUUGGUAAUGUCUGAACGUGAACGUUACAAUCAAGCUAAAAUGGCAUUGAAUAAUGACUUACGCAAACACGAAAAAGUGUUAGAGCAAGAAUUGUCAAAUGGCGAGUCAUUAAUUUCACCUGAGGACUGGCUAAGCGAGCCAAUAAAAAGUCAACUCGAGGAGGAUAGUCUGGUUCAAGAGUUUCGGAGUAAAUUCGUUAAGUUGGAAAAUGAAUCAGAACUAGAUCGGAAGUCUUUGGAAACUACUCAUCAUCAGCGAAAUGAAGCUCAAAUGCUUGAACGUAGAAAGGCAAUACAAAAUGCAUGGGAAAAGGCUGUAAAUAUUGAGAAUCCAAAUAAUUUCACACUGUUUGAAACGCUAAAACGUUUAUUCCAAGUUGUUGAGCAUGAUCGUAGUCACUACGUUAAACGUUUUGAACAUUUACGCAAUAUGGAGCAACCUGAAGCUGUUCAACAAUUAACAUCCAUCAAGAAGAAAUUGGUUGGACUUGAUGUUCUGCUUAAUCAAAGUUUGGAAAAAAUAAAUCUACAUCCAGAACUAACUCCAUCUUUGUCAGCUUAUGCAAAUUAUCUUCGCAAUAAUAAAUACGGCAAAUUGGAAGCUCAAUCAAAAGCUGAUUUAGUCGCUGAUGUUACGUUACCGGAUAUGGUUAAACUGCCUACAUUUCAAGAACAAGCAUCAUUAAAAGCCGAAAAAGUUGUAGCUAAAUAUCGUCAUCAUUUAGAACCGUCAUAUUUAGACAAGUCGCUAACUAACCAUUUGAACAAAGAUCAAAUCAAACCUGCAAGAAGACAUAAAUUGUUGACCAAUCAUCUUUUCGGCAACAAUAAAAAUAAAAACUUUUCUAAUUCUCAUCAAAUGAAAACAACUACAAUUAUUCCAACAAUUAACAGCUCAACCGAUGUUCCUAUGAAAUUCAUGUUAAACACUGUUGAUUAUUCUUCAUCUGUAGUAUCAUUUAAUGAAAAUCAAAAUACACCUCAUAUUAUUGAUAAUGAAAUAACAGAAAAUAAAACAACUGUUCAAUUUGAAUCAUAUCAGAAUCGAAGUAUUGUUACGUCACAUGCUGAUCAAGUAGUCAAUACAUCUAAUUCAUCUAAUGUUAAUAAUAAUAAUCAUUUAACAACUCAACCAGUACAUAUGACUAAAACAGCAUACAUUUUAUUCAUUGUUUUAGGAAUCAUUUUAAGUUUAAUUUGUUUAUUUCUUAUUUUACGUCGUUAUUUCACAUCAAUUCGUUAUAAUCGUAAAGGUUAUACAAUGACUGUUGUUGAAGUCGAUGAAGUAAUCGCACCAAAAGUCAAUUCACCACAAUUUUUACCAGUUAGACAAAAUCGUUUUAGAAAAAAUACCAAUUCAUCAUCAAUGACAAAUAAUUAUCCGAAUGAUUUAAUACAAAAUUGGCAAAUGAAUGGUUAUGAAAAUCCUGCAUAUCAAUUUACUACAACGAAUAAAACUGAUCGAUUCACUCAUACCAAUCAUCAUCAUCAUCAUCAUGGAUUAUUUCAUCAAGAUAAUAGUUUUGAUGAUUUUGAAAUUUAAAUUCUUCUUUUUUAAAAUAAUUCAGUAGUAUAUAUACAUAUAUAUAUAUUUAUAUAGGAUAAACUUUCUCUAUCUACUUACCUUACCUACGUUAUCUAAUCUGAAGAAGAAGAAAAAAACAACACAUAAUGUAUAUUUAUCAUUAGCAUCGUUUAUUGUUUCACUCAUCACAUUCACAUUAUAUACGGAUAAAAAAAAUGACUUUGUUCUGUUUUAACUAACUUCUGCUGUUUUAUUAUUAUUUUUUUUUGAAAUAAUCCUUCUCGACGGUUAUCGAUUACAGUAUCAUAUCUACUCCACUUAUGGAUGAUUCGUGUCGAUUGUACACGUGAAGCAUUUAUUGUUAGGGCAUUUUUUUUCUUUCUACAUUUGCAUGCAAAUAUUGUGUGUUUUGUUGGUGUUUGUGCAAUAUUCCUGGCUUUAUCAUCAUCAUGAUACGUUUUAUUAUUAUUAUUAUUAUUAUUAUUAUUAAUUGUUUAAAUUUGCUUACUCUUUUUUUACGUAUGACAUGAAUAAAAACGAUUAUUUUUCGUUUAUUUAGAGCUUUUAAUCAUUAAUUUUUUUCCAUAUUUAUGCAUUCAUUUCAUUUGUAAUAUAGUUUCCUGUUUUUUUUUCUUUUGAAAGAGAACAAAAUUUGCAUGUGUUUUUAUGUAGUUCUGUGUUCCCAAGUGUGCAUAUUCGUUCUCUUGUUUUAAAAGGUUGAGUCUUUAAGCAUA